CAUCAUCAAUUCAUCAUCGUUGCCACCACCACGCUUUCUCUCUCUCUAUAAAGCUUGUUUAAUUGGAAAAAAGUGCGGCAGGAAGAAGGUGAUUCCGCGAUCCUCCGCCAUGGCAUGGUACUCGUGCGUGCACAAGUGAGAAUUAUGCGAAAUUGCACUACUUUGGAGGUGUAAAAGGGUUUUUUCGUUGCGGAGAUGGGGUAAGAAGAGAGAGGUUGUAGGGAUACGUUAAGGAUCGUGGAAAUUAUUAUUAUUGUGAGAAGGUGUUUGGCGAAGUGCGAGGGAUUUAGCUAGGAGAGGGAGCGGUUAUGGAAGAUGCGGGGGAGACGGCGGCAGCGGUGGGGAGGAAGAGAAAAAUUAGGUUAUUAGGAGAAUUGCAGACGGACACAUCCUCUUUUCAGAUCAAGACGCGGCGACGUUUAGACGUGGUUUCGACGGGGAAUUCAGCUUCGCCGACAAAUUCUGGAGACUCGACGUGCGAGAGCGUUAGUUCCGACCACGUUAUGGCAUCUUGUAGUUCGAGUAACGGAUCGAGUGGACUUUCCAAGAGGAGCUUAAACUUUCUAGAUCUGGAGGACGCCGAGAUGAUUCCGAAGUUCCGCGCAACAUCGGCCGGCGAAUCCUUGGAUUGCAGAAAGAGAAGAGAGACGACGCCGUCUAGCGAAGUUCAAGCUGAUUCAGGCGAGUUGGAGUCAACGGCUGGACCAUGCGAGCCCAAAUCUCACCGUCGAAUUGAGAGAUUUCCAUCCGAAGCUGAACUCGAAGAAUUCUUCACCGUGGCUGAAGCGAACCUUAAGAAACAAUUCAUCGACAAGUAUAACUACGACAUAGUGAAGGAUCAGCCAUUGGAGGGACGCUUCGAGUGGGUUCAGAUAUUAAAGUAGAGCAGUCACAAUGAAGAAGAAAGCAAAGCGCUAACAAAUCAGCAAUCCCUAGCUACCUAAUUAUUGUUUCUUACUGGAAGCUCACCAGUAUCAAGUAGAUUUUUCACGUGGCCUGUUCCACUGAUUCAAACCUCAAGCUCCAUUUAUUUCUUGAAAUUUCCACUCUAGGUUUAGUCCUUGCUUUAGCCUAAGAUGUACAGCUCGCUGUUUCUAUCUAUUUCUGUAUGCUGAUUCUUCCACUUAGUGUGACUGCAGAGAAGAAGAACUAUCCAACAAAGGAUUGAAGAACCAAGCAGUAAUAAUAAAAGCUCAUUUCUUAAUGAUCCUACUACCCUUUCUAGUAUGCUUUCUUGAUUUUACUUAUUUAUCAUGAUUUGCAGUCAAUAUUCUGUGCUGCAGCAUUAUUCUCUGAUAUGCUUGUGUCAUUGCCAAUCAUAUAUAUAUAUAGUUUCUUUCUAUCUAAGCAUGACAGUGGGGAAAGCAGAAGGUGGGCAAACAGUGGAACAGUACAAGAACAAGAACAACAACAGCCACCACUCCUCCAGAUCAAUCAGUCCUUGCCGUGGAAGCUACGGACACGUGCUGGAGAUUGGGAAUUAAAGCUGAUCUAUGGUGACCCCAUGUGGCUGGCUGUGGGAUAUAUAUAUCAUCAUAGUGAUGAGUUCGUGUAAGUCUCUCUGAUCUGAUUAAUUUCCCUUUUUUUUUUUUGGGUUUUUUUUUUGUUUGGGGUCUUUUCUCUUAAAUUUAACACCCACUUACCUGCAUUGGCUGGUACUUGAAGUCACAGAUAUGAUAUCUGUGUUCUUUCAUUCACCACAUUAAUUGCUAUUGCAUUGCAUGCAUUUGUUGACAAAAGGAGGAUGGAAUUUGCUGAUUUGGGAGUUAGUGAAUGAUGCCUCCUUUUUAUUUUAUUUUUUUGAUUUAAAAUUAUUUAAUUUUGUUGAGAGAAAUGAAAGGGGGAACAGGAAAAGGUGGGGAGGGGUGGUCCAAAAGUUUCUUUCCUCUUAGUGGCCUACUCUCUUUUGCCUCUACAUGGGGUUGUAGUGUAAAUACGACUUUCUCUCCAACUAAUCCAGAUUCCUUUGCAGCAAAUUAGAAAGUGACAUUUAUUAUUAGUAUUAUGUUCUUGAAAUCUUUAUUUUAUGGAGUUACUGAGUGGAUAAAAAGGCAGAGAUACAUGAUAAUAAUAAUAAUAAAAUAUGGGAUUUUUGGGAUUUGGAAAGGAACGUUUGUUUGGGGAUCACAUGUGUGUGAGAGUGAGUGAUAAUGAUGAUUAGCAUAUACACAUAUAUAGAUAGCAGGUAGGUAUAGGGAAUAGGAUUAGGAAGAUAUGGUGUUAGAGAAAAGAGUGGCCAACUCACUCCUAAAGGUGAAGCUGAAGCACAUGCUGCACCACACCUUAACUAGUCUACCAAGAUUCCAUAUAUAUAUAUAUAUAUAUAUAUAUCAUAUUAUUACUUGAUUACACAUACUUACAUAUCCAUACAUACUCCCCUACGUAUCCAUAUAUAUUUCCUCAUGUCUUAUAACAAAUUAUUCAUUUUUUUAUUUUAGUCUGUUUCAUAAUAAAGUAUCAAUUUUCUUUUUUUUUUUUUUAAAUAACUGUACUUUCUAUCUAACAUUACAAAUAACCUCACAACUUACAAUAUAUUACACAAAUAUUAUUACCUUUAUAUCACACAAUACUAAUUAUUUUAGUUAUUUUAGUAAUUUCUACUUUAUUCCUACUAAAUUCCAAUAUAAUACUAAUAUUUUUAAAAAUCUGUGAAAAAAACAAACGGAUACCUAAUUAUAGGAUGGAGAGAGUAUAUAAUAUGUAUGUAUAAUAUAUAUUUAUAGGCGGCAGGCUGAAUGUAAAAUUCAGCAAUGUGCUAAACAAUACACCGUGUGCUUUAAUAUAAAUAUAUCACAUGAAUUAAUAGCACAUAAUAUGUUCUCACACAACACAUACAUCUAUUAAUUUUAACACAUAAUAUGUUCUUAUACAACACACAUAAUUAUAAAUAAACAACAAAUAUCUUUAUUACAAAAAUAUAUAAUGUAUGUAAUAAAGAUAUGUAUUAUUUCUGUAUUUUACAUGUGCUGAUAUAAAUGCUGAUUUUUCAAAUUCAGCAUCAUAAUACUUUCCAUAUUUAUAUCUUCACCCUCUUUAUUUCUUUUUAUUAUCGAAUUUUCAUUAGUAAUUAAUGCAGUGUCUAUUUUUUACUUGCUAAAAUACAAUGAAAAUUGAUGCCAUAUUUAACUCUUUAAAUUCAGGUCUCACGCACUAUUGUGAUAAUAAUAAUAAUAAUAAUAAUAAUAAUAAUAAUAAUAGAAAGCAUAUUAUUUAUUGCAUAUAAAUUGUUGUCAGCAAUUGCGGGGUACGAGGCUGUGUAAUAUAAUAUGUAUCAUUCCAAAGUUGUUUGUUUACCUUUUUGCACGUAGAUUUUUAAAUAUUAGUAUUAUAAUAAAUUAUAAUAAAAAAAAUAAAAAUGCUCCUAUUAAUAUAAUAUAAAAAUAAUGGCAUUUGUAUAAUAUAGUGUAAAUUGGAAUAGUAUUUAUUGUGUUAAGUAGAUAGUACAAUUAUUAAAUAGAAAAUGAUAACUUUGUUUUGGGACGGACGAAAGUAAAAAAUGACAAUCUUUCAAUGGAACGGGGAGUAUUACGAAUCUGUGUCGUUAUAUGUAAAUAGUUUAAUAUUAUAACUUGUAUCAUUAUUGAUCUUUGCACAUGCCUACAUAUUAUAUAUAUGUAAAAAGGAAGCUUCAUAUCAUGUUAAGUAAAUUUCACCAAUCCCAUGAAAUUAAAAAAAAAAAAAAAAAAAAAAA